AUGUUGGGUAUUGAUUUCUCAUUAGAUUGGGAUAAAGCUGAUUCUACAGUUGUUGGAUUAUCAAAUAUGGAUGAAUUUGAUGAUGUGGUUUCAAUUUUUAAUAGAGUUAUGGCUAGGAAGAAUGGUGAAAAAGAUCAUUGUUUAUCUGAUCUGGAGAUUAAGGUUUACGAAAAAAUUAAUCAAUUGCUUUCGCCAUAUCAUAAUUGGGAGUGGGAAUCUCCACCACCACCAUCUAUUACCCUUUGA